GUCCUAUAUUUGAGGCACCCAGCAGAUCAUGGAUGUACCUGGAUCCAGUUUAUGCAAUGGGGCGAGUCUGCAUUUUGACGACAUCUCAGUGGAGCCGGGAACUCGGGAUGCCGGGGAAGAGGACGAAGCUGAGACAGCGGAAGAGGAGGAACGACGAAAUCAAGAGCUCCAGAAUGUAUUGAAGGAUGCAUUUGAUGAUCUCAUUGAAGAUGAUGAUGAAGAUGAAGAUGGUACACUGAACCACACUGGUGACCCAAGUUUUCACCCAGAAAAAUAUCCCACCUCUACACCUUUUGUGGCUGAUAGAGAAAGGUCGCUGUUUGACGAGCUGGGCGGCCAGUACAACCUGCCGCGUAUGAGUGAUCCGGACGGCGGGUACGUCACGCACCCGGACGGAGACUACCCUCGCCACCCGGAUGGAGAUUACCAGCGCCACCCGGAUGGAGAUUAUCAGCGCCACCCGGACGGCGACUAUCCGUGCCACCCGGACGGCGACUACCCGCGCCACCCGGACGACUACCCGUGCCACCCGGACGGUGGCUACCGCCGGGACUCAGACGAGUACGAGCCGGAGCCGGUCGGCGCUUCUGACGCGUACGUGACGCUCCGGCCCGAGGAGACCAACAAGAGCCUGACCGAGAUGGUCAACACUCCGCGCCAGUACCUGGACACGUCUGGCACGGACACCUCGGCCGCCCACUACCGGCACUGUUACACCAGUCCACGUAACGAGCUGGCGACGUCGGGCGACGCCGCCGACGAAGACGCCAGCAGCGGCAACAUGAUCGAGAUGGGUCUGAAGGCCCACGAGGCCGACUGGGGCGGGGACCGGCCAGAGCGGCUGGACCCCGGCAAGUACGUGGCCAACAAGCAGAAGGACUACAUACUGGCGCGCUCGUCUCGGGACCAGCUGGAGACGCUGUACGAGGCGCGGGGUCACGAGAUCGGCCGGCUGCGGGCCGAGGCGGAGCGGGUACCAUGA